AUGUUGACGAAGAAGGAAAAGUUGUUGAUUUAUCCUUGGCAAAUGAAAAGAUUUCAUCAGCAUCGACAAAAAGUACAAAGUGCUGGUCCAGCCAUCGACUUUUAUCCACCAAAUGACUAUCCACAUAUCACUGAGAAGCUGAAGAAGGUUCAGAAGGAGAGUGAGAGACAAGACAAAGUCAAUAAAGAUAACAUUCGUUUGCUUCAACGUUUAGGAUCAAUUAUGACAACAAAACGAUUAAAGAACUUUUGGGAUACGCCACGUCCUAGUUUCCUAAGUCGUGAAUUUAUCCCACACUUAAACUCAAGAUCAUCCCAAACGGACGUCAGCGAUGAUGAAACUCAAGUCAAUGAUUCACAACCCAUGAAGAGAAAAUCAAGAUGUUUGAUCUGCAGUGGAAAAUUCCGAAGACCUAAUAAAAUAAUUCCUCAAGAACGAAUUCCAUGGAAACUGUCAACACCAACAAGAAACAUGAAACUUCUCAAGGAGGCUGACAUUAAGCCCCACAAGUGUUGCAAAUAUUGCUGCUAG